CCACCACAACCCUACCAGUAUUCACCACCUCCUUACCAAGGGCAGGUUAAGCCUGGUUUAUGAAGUUAGCAUAAGGUAAAACUGUGUCUGAUACAGAAAGAAUCAACAUGAAUGUUCAACAAAAAUUUGCAGUUGUGAUCAAGCAACAAAGCUACUGAUAAUAAGAAGUUUGAAAACAACAAAAACAUAUUCAAGUGGUGAUUCUAAAUGUGCCAACAAUAGUAAGAAAACGAAAACACUAAUCUUGUCUAUUCAAAUGACACACAUUACCUAGUUAGUGAAGUGGAGAAAACAUACCAACCAAAGCUGUAAUUGCCUGACUUCAAAUGGCACCUGCAAUGGCCAGCUUCCCCACCACUGCUGAGCACAAUGAGCUGGUGGAGGAGAUGCAGUAUAUUGAAAAACUACCAGUAGGAGAACGAAUCAAGUUAGCGCAGAAAAGACGGAAACAACAACUGUUUUCCUAUGCCAAGUGGAUCAAGACAGACACGACUGGCAAGCUAGUAAAGCAGAAAGCUCGGAAGGGUGUUACUUUUUCUGUUUUGUCUCAGAUGAUGGAGAUAGCUGCCCGGGGCUCCUAUGAAGAGAUGCGUGCUCUGCUCAAGACAGGUAUUGAUCCCAACAUGAAGAAUCAUGAAGGAUUGACAGCACUACAUCAGUGCUGCAUUGAUGGCUCUGUGGACACAGUAGCACUGCUGCUUAAGUAUGGGGCUGACGUCAACGUGACAGAUCGGGACAUGUGGACACCUCUGCAUGCAGCAGCUACCUGUGGACACUUCAAGGUGGUGACAAUGCUAGUCAAGGCUGGAGCAAAUUUGACAGCAGUAAAUGGAGAUGGGGACAUGCCCCAUAACAUUACUGAGGAGGAAGUGACUCUGCAGUAUCUCAAGAAUGAAAUGAUGAAGCGGAAUAUUUCACCAGACGAUCUGGAUCAGAUACGAAACAAGACCCAUAACUUGUUGCUUCAGGAUGUAGAAGCUGUCCUGGCAAAUGGGGGUGACCUUGACCAGCCAGUGGGUCAAGGUGGUGAGACCUUCCUCCAUGUUGCCAUUGCUGAGAGGUACAAUGAUAUUGUGAAGCUCCUGCUGGACAAUGGAGCUUCUAUGACAGUGCAGGAUGGGGAUGGGUGGCAACCACUGCAUGUGGCAGCUUACUGGUGCAAUGAAGAAGCCUUGGAAAUGUUAACAGAAGAUCUUAGGGUGGAUCUGCGAGCUCAUACCAAUGAUGGGGAAACACCCUAUGAACUAUGUGAAGAUCCUGACCUAAAGUCUGAGCUCCUUCACAUCCUGAAGGACCAGCAGAAAAGCAGCCACAGUAGUCUUAACUCUGAGGGAGAUGACAGCCUAAUCAAUAUGAAUGACAGUCACAAAGAGGAUACAAUGGACAGAUCACCCCCUCCAACCAUCACCGAGGAUAAUGACUCAGAAGACGACAAUGAUCGAGAUGAUUUGCUCAACCUGCCAUUGGAAGAUGCACCUCCCAGCCCCCUUAUCAACAUUGACAUAGAGCUGCAUUCAGAACGCAGGAGCUCCAUUAAGGGUGUGAAAAACAAUGUUCCCUUUAAGAGGCACAGCAUUGAAAGAAGCAGUAGCAGGGAGAGGCAAGCAGUUGCCAUGGAGGCCAUCAGACCACUACUACUGCAGAGGAGGACAUCAAAAGAAAACACUGCACCUCUUCCCCCAGUACACUCCCUCUCUCCUGACAGUUAUCGUCAAUUCUAUGAGAUGGUCCAUCCUACCUCUGAGGCACAAGAGGCCAACAUAGGACUAGAGGUACCACAUGAAGCUACAUCUGAUCAUACUCCACAGCCUCCUCACCCUACUGCACAAACUCCAGAGCCAGCAAUAGAAACUGCAAAUGGAAAACCCUCACCAGAUACAUCCACUCCAGAAAACUCAGAGGCCAUCACUCUAAGAACAGCCACUGGCAAUGCAACUGCUAAUGACAAUGUGAAAGAGGGAAUGGGAAUGGAGAUAAGAGAUGGACUAAUGCUACGGCCCAGAAAAAAGAAUGCUGCCCCACCUCCUCCUCGUGGUUCCCUACAAGAUUUGAAGAGGCAGCGCCAGGAGGAAAGGGAACACCGACUCCUGCAGGGAGUAAGUGACACUGGAGAAAGCCUGCCAUACUCCACCUCUUACCAGGGCAAUGACAGACCCUAUGAGGCACCACCAAGUCCUUCAAUGAUUCGCUACAGAUACAAGAUGGCUCCAGACCAUGGCAUCAAGCAAACAUUAUUCAAACAGAAAAAAUGUAUUGUAAUGUGAAAAUUUUAGUUCAGGCAAAUAAUGAUUCCUUAUUUUACUAUCAAUUCAGCUGAGUUGCACAUUUUCCUUUAAUUCAUCCAUCAUCUUUGUAUAUUGUACAUCAUCUUCCCCUUAACCUCCUACACAAGUUUUUAAAAAUGUGGUAAAGAUAUAACUAAGGAGCUUUUAUCAAUAGUGAAGUAACUGAAGGAGUUACUGUGUUAAAUGUACCUUUACCUCACUGCUGUCAAUGGUAGCAGUCAUUGCCUAUCAUAUAUGGAAGAAAAAUCUGCACAUACCAUAUUUAAUAAACAGCUUUAGAGAGCUCACAAAAACAAAAAGCAAACUGAGUUAUAUGUACGUUAGAUCAUUAAAGAAUCAAGUGAUUUGCACCAGUCAUAACCCAACUAAAUAUAAAGUUCACAGCAAUAGACUCUUUACACAGGUGUUCUGGUGUCUACACACCCCAAGGUUAACAGUGUAAUAAUAAGCUUACUUUUGACCUCUAAGUUAGUUAUUUACCAGUAAAACGGAGAGCCAGAAUACUAUUUUCAUACUGUUUAUUUAUAUCACAUGGAUGUUACCCAUGGAUUGAAAAUUGUUCAUAUGCAUUAUGGAGGGAAAAAUUUUCCCUUUACAUAUCUCCCAUACCAUAUUGCAAGCAUUCUUACUGAGAAUGAAUGUCAGAAAAAUGCCUAUACGAAUGCCACUAACAUAAUGUCAUGCCAAAUGCAAGAAGAUAACUAUACAAUUACUAUAACAUGUAAGCAUCUAAUAAAUAAAACAAAAUGACC